UCAUUAUUUGAAUCCCUUCACAGGUUCAGGGUUGGCAUCGGAAAGCUACGUCCUGUGGUUUCUUGCUGGUUCCAGUCCUGGAAGGUCCAUUUGCAUUGCCCAGUUACCUAUAUGGAGACCCACUUCGAGCACAGUUGUUCAUCCCACUCAAUGUUAGCUGCUUGCUGAAGGAGGGCAGUGAGCAUCUGUUUGAUGGCUUUGAACCUGAAACUUAUUGGGAUCGCAUGCAUCUGCUUCAGGAGGCAAUUGCACACAGAUUUGGAUUUGUGCAAGAUAAAUACUCUGCCUCUGCAUUCAACUUCCCAUCUGAGAACAAACCCCAGUACAUCCAUGUCACAGGGACGGUUUCUCUGCAGCUGCCUUACUCCAAGCGGAAAUUUUCCUGUGGACAGCAACGACGGCGGCGCAACUCCACCAGCUCAACCAAUCAGAACAUGUUUUGUGAAGAGCGCAUUGGUUACAACUGGGCCCACAAUACCAUGCUGACCAAAACGUGGAGGUCCAGUGCCACAGGGGAUGAGAAGUUCGCAGAUCGCUUGCUGAAAGACUUCACAGAGUUCUGCUGGAAUAAAGAUGGCCGGCUCGUCCUGUUCUGGACUGGCUGUCUGGAUAAGAUGCAUGCCAGUGCACCAUGAGAUCAUGCAUCUGCAGGAGAGAAAAUUAAAAGCUUGGGAGUGUGAUGAGGAAGAAGAUUCAGAGAACAGCCAGAUAAGACCAUUCUUAGGGUGAAUUUACCUUGGAACCCAGCCUAAUCUGAGCAGUAUUCCUAUUGAUAAUCAAUAGAAGCUGAGUAGGCUUUUGGGAGAAGAGACUGUAUGCCAGGGACACUCCUUUCACACCAAUACUCAUCACCUGAACAGAGCCAUGCUUCAAACAGUUGCAUCCCCUACUUGCCAGAACUCACCUAAACUGAGGUGAAGGCAAGACUUUGAGGCCAGGGUUUUGUUACAGGGAAGAGAGGUCACCAUACGUUUCUGUGACCUUUGGAAAUGACCAGGUGUUGUAAGCCUGUGACAUGUCAGGCAAAAUCAUGCCUCACAUCUCUGGCGUGUAUGUUUGUGUGCAUAUGUAAGAUACACUGUAUUAUACAAUCAUGGUAAGUGUUUAUAUGUUUAAUAUAUUAUUAAAUAAAAAAUGCAGAAAAUCAAAA